AUGAAUAUAUUAACACGUGCGGAAGAAGAAGAAUUACUAAAGAAAUUUAAAAUGAAUGCAAGAACAAAUUGUGCAUCAUUGAUUCAAGAAUUUGUUGAUUGUACCACAGGAAGAGUUGUUUCGGUUGCGUGGGCUUGUAGAAGCCAACUAAAAGCCAUGAACAAUUGUUUAAAUAAAUUUACUACACAAGAAGAACUAGAUAAACUGAGAUUAGAAUAUAUUAAACAAAAAAGACAAAAAGCUUAA